AAAUUAGAUAUACUGGAAAUUCAUUUUCGAUUUCAAUGUCUUUUUUGUGUGUUUUUUAAAAAAUGAAAAAACAACAAAGAUCUUGAUAGAAAAACAUUUAACGACGUUCGUUAGUAGUCGUUUGACAUUCAAAAUUACAUAUGGCAACGAGUCAAGAAAUAAACCUUACUAUGGAGCGCUACAAUUCAGAGGCCAGGACAGCCGAAAGAAAAUUUGAUGGCUCUUCAUCAAUAACUGUUGUAAAGCCGAACUGCGAUGAUGAGAUGUUGAAAGACAAAAUGUUAGAUGUUGAUUUACGAAAUGCAAUUAAAGUUCCCCAUCGUAACUUAUCUCAAACCGAACAGCAAAUUAAAUCGAAAGGGCAAUGUGUAGAAAAAAGUGAUACGCAAUUGAUUGCAGACGACAAACUUGAAAAGAAUGCUAAUGAAUCACUUAACCUACCAGAUAUCUCACUUCCUGAUACAGAUCAAUACCCUGGUAGCAUUUAUAAGCCCAGAAGAAUUGAAAGGGGCGAUGAAAAAAAUGAACAAGUUUUAACUAGUAGUAGACAAUAUCAGGAGCAAGCAGCUCCAAAUAAUGAGGAAAAUGAAUGUAUUGAACAAAAUUUGGGCGGUCUGAAAACAGCUCUCAGACAACCAGAGACAUCUAUGAGUGAAGAAUAUACAAAUUCUGAUUCGGAUGAAAAGCAUUUAGAACAGUCAUUUGGUGGUUACACAGAUUAUCAUUAUAUUGUUGGUAAACAUGAACAAACAAGAAUCGAUAAUGAUACUGAGAAGUAUUCUGAUCAUUUAGAUACUGAAAAAUAUGAAAUAAUUAUUCCGUCAAUAAGACCACUACAAAAUGAGGGUUUAGUAUGUGACGAAAAUAAGCCAUGCAAAGAAAAGACAGCAAAAACAAUAAAUGAGGCGAACAGAAAUAAUACUCAAUCUGAGGUAAAUGAAUGUGGUGCAAGAAGUGUUUAUGAAGAUAAAGAACAUAAUAAAGGAAUGAAAGAAGAAAACGUGCAAGGCACAGUUCAUGAAAACAAAGUUAAGGAAUCUAAAAUCAGUACAGAUGAAGAUACAAAAAGAUGAAAGGCAUUGUUGAUAGCAUUGUCCGAAAUGUCGUUGUUGCAUGGAAGUUUAAAAGAAAUGUGUCAUAUAAUUUCUCUCUCCAGACUGUCUUUGUAAUCACAUUAUUUUUCCAGACAUUAAACCCAGAAUUUUUUAACAUGGAAAACGCAAGGAAUCAGACAUUCCAAUCGGUUCGAGAACAUGUCGUAUAUCCAGUUACAUUCGGAAAUGAGAUGAUUUUACUACCAGAACCUAACUUACCAAGGACACUAAACAAUGAAGAUUUAGGUAUUAAUUGGAGGCCAGCUUUUGCAGAUACACUACUUUCAGGAGAGGUUAGUGACAGGGUUAGUAAUGGAGAUGGCUUCAUAAGCAACGUCGAGAAUAUGCAGCAACUCCAUUCUAACAGAAGAAAUAGCAACACUGGACUACCUGUAUCUUCUACUGAAUUCAUUAGUGUUUCAAAUUCUCAGCUGACAGAGACGGUGAGAAGAGUUGCUGAUACAGACUUACAAGUUGUAUCGCACGCACGACUAGAUAAUGUUCCGGUUUUACCAUCUUCGACACGGUGUGACAAUGUAUUGACAUGACAUGCCACUAUAACUUAUGUUUAGGAUAACUGAAUGAAUGUUUUUAAAUAUGCUGGAGUGCUGAAACUUCGCUACUUUUCAUAUAAUUAGACAACUGUUUUAGAAAUGUUGUCUGUUAAAACUAAUGAAUAACAAAUAUGUUUAUUCGUCAGCUUUUGAAAUAGUUCAUCCUCACCGAAAUAAGUUGCACAGAAGUUGUAGAAUGUGACAGUUAUCCCAUUUUGUGUCCUGCCCCCCUUUCCCCCUAAAACACCUUGUUCAUUUAAUUUCCGUAUGGGCCCCUUUAAGUUCUUACCAUUUCACUAUUUACAAGUCCCUCCCCUCCUUUCGCCGACUAUGUGUCCAAUCCCGUUUUGGUUCGGUGCCUUCUUGGUGCCCCGCUGUUGUGUGUCGGGGGUUGCGUCUUGUGAACUUUGCCUUUGCCUUUUUGAUAUUUAUUCUCGUUUUUUUAAGUACAUGUAUAUACGAGUAUUUUGAUACUUCGGUCAGUAAAUCGUUGCUAAAAGAGGCAUUUACUUCUGUGAAAUUCAAGAUAUUAGCAUAAACAUUUUACUGUCUUAGAGAGGCCCUUUCAAA